AUGGGAACAAAUCUUUCGCCAAUCUUUACUUCCCAAGUGAGGCGGAUUUCUUUCUUGGUAGAAAUCUGGCGCCAACAGAUCAUAUCUAAGUUAGCACAGGGCAAGAGGACUCCGGUAGAGAGGGGUCAGUUGGAGUGUUAUAGGUGCAAGAAACCUGGUCACUUUAAGAAGGAUUGCCCGGAGAAGAAAGCACAAGAUCAAAGGCACAAUGGUGAAGCUGGUAUUAUAGCUGAGGAUUUUGAAUCCUAUGAUGUCCUUGUUGUCACUGAAGGUGAUGACUGGUUUGAAACUCUCGAGUUGAAUGAGAGGGGUACAGUCUUAUUGGGGAAUAAUGAUGUUUGCGAUGUGAAAGGGGUUGGUUCGGUAAGAAUCAAGAUGCUUGAUGGAAUUGAUAGGAUCAUGCCAGAAGUGAGAUUUGUUCCUCAGGUCAAGAGGAACUUGAUAUCUCUUGGAUUCUUAGACAAGAGUGGCCACACGUUCAGUGGGGACGAUGGCAUUCUGGAGGUGUCUAAGGGGUGUGGUUGUUAUGAAGGCAUUCAGAAACAACGGGAUCUACCAUAUGUCUUGAUAGACGGUUAUUGGUAA